AGUCCACCGGUUGAAUUCCUCCUAUCUUAUCACGCCUUAUUCAUGUCUAUGAUGCAUUUCGCUCAUCUUGAACCUAUCAGUAGUUGGAAAUCUCAGGAGUUUGGGAUAUAAGCAGGUUCAAGACCAACCGGUGGGUACACAACAUGCAAGCUUGACGCUGUUCCGAUUCUUCGAGACGUCAUUAUCUCUCCAGGCUUUACUCUCGUCUGAACUCGCAUAAGUCCCACCUCCUUUCUCGACUUUCUCAUCUCGGUUCAACGGGCCUUUCAAACUUUCCAUUCGUUCACCACAUGAGCCUGUCUCAAAUGGGCACUCCCUUGUUCUUCGAGCCCAGCGUGGGCUAUGGGAUGAUCAUAGGUCUUGGUUCCGCUUUCGCCAUCGGCAUGUCACUGCUCUCCUGGGGCCUCUCGCGGUACAUGGCAGAAGUACAGACAUCAGAGAUGUACAUGACUGCCAAACAUUCCGUCAAAACUGGGCUUGUGGCUACGGCUGUAGUGUCUUCUUGGACUAUAGCCGCUACCCUUCUCAGCUCUACGACUGAUGGAUAUCAGUAUGGUGUCAGCGGCCCCUUUUGGUACGGCGCUGGAGCUACGUUCCAGAUCUUCAUGUUUGCUCUGGCCGCCAUUGAGCUCAAGAGGAAAGCACCAAGAGCACAUACAUUCCUUGAGGUCGUCAAGACGAGAUACGGACCAGCUGGUCAUAUCACGCUAAUGUGCUACUCACUGAUUUUCCAAAUAUUCACAACCGUCAACCUGCUCGUUGGCGGAAGCACGCUUUAUUCUUCAAUGACAGGAAUGAACAGAGACGCAGCAUGCUUCCUCUUCCCCAUUGGCGUGCUCAUUUACACGCUCUUCGGGGGCAUAAAAGCCACAUUCUUGACCGACUGGGCCCACACCGUCAUCAUUUACAUCGUCAUGCUCACAACCCUCUUCAUGGCCUACACCACAUCCGACACCAUUGGCUCUCCGGACAGGAUGUGGGAGCUGCUCAAAAAGGCCGCAACACUGCACCCGGUGGACGGCAACCAGGACGGCGAGUACUUGACGAUGAAGAGCCCUGGGGGCGGAUAUAUUGGGUUGAUAUUUGUGGGCGCUUCGUUCGCUUCUUGUGUCGAUUCACAGCUUUUUCAGAAAGCUAUUGCGGCUGAUCCGUCGGCAACUUAUCCGGGCUAUAUGCUUGGUGGCCUUUGCUGGUUUACGAUUCCGUUUGUUUUGGCUAGUACGUUUGGGCUUGCCGCUGCGGCGACAGAGCAUUUGCCUGUUUUCCCAACAUAUCCGGAGAGAAUGUCGGAGGAGGAAGUUGCGGCUGGGAUGGCUAUGCCGUAUGCUGCUUAUGCGGUGAUGGGGAAGGGGGGUGUUGUCGCUGUUCUUUUGAUGACGUUUAUGGCUGUCACUUCUGCGAUGUCUUCAGAAACGGUUGCUACAGCUGCACUUGGAACUUACGAUAUUUACAAAGCAUACAUCAACCCCUCCGCAAACUCCAACCAACUCGUUCGGGUAUCCCACUGCAUCGUUGUUGCUUUUGGCAUCGUAGUCGCAGCAAUCGCCGUUGCUUUCAAUCACGCAGGCUUCAGCGUAAACUACCUCAUCACAAGCAUCGGCAUCUUCGUCGACUCGGCCAUCGUACCCAUGGCCUGCACAAUCACAUGGAAGAAGCAGUCCCUCGCCGCCGUCGUCCUCUCACCACUCUGUGGCACGGUCGCGGCGGCAAUAGCCUGGUUCCUCACCGCGUACACGCACUACGGCGCAGUGACCAUCAGCACAACCAGCCAGCCCAUUCCCCUGGUUGCCGGGAACAUGAUGUCGAUCUGCGGACCCAUGGUUCUGACGCCUUUGAUCACGUACAUAAAACCGAAUGACUUCGACUGGGAGGUCUUCAAGGCGAUUAAGAGCGAUGAGGGCGCGUUGGAAGAACCGAAGCUUGCGCAGGGGAAUAUCACUUGCGCGGCUGGAGCGGCGGUAGAGCAGGUUGCAGAAGAGGACUGCAAGCUUUUGCGCGCGCACAAGAAGGCCUCCGCUUGCUGUGUUCUUUUGUGUCUUGUUUUCUGCAUAUUAUGGCCUAUCCCGAUGUAUGGCUCCGGAUACGUCUUCUCUAAAUCCUUCUUCCGUGGUUGGAUUGUCGUCGUUUUCUUGUGGGCGUUCUUUGCUUCUAUAGCUAUUACAUGUUACCCGAUCUGGGAAGGUCGAGCAUCGAUUCUCCGCUUUGUUAGGUAUGCUACUGGUCAAAAUUUGGUUGUUGGGCAGCGAGAAAGCGUUAUUGAGGGCGUUGAUGUCAGAUCGCGUAGGAACAAUGAGGCUGCGGCCGGAGAGAAGGUCUGAUUGUUACUGACCAGAGAACAAUCAUUUCCUGGCAACGACGAAGAAAAAGCACAAAGGUAGACGGCUGGAAAUAAAGCGGCACGAGCUUCCAUUUUUCGUACAAACAAUUUUUGGAACAAGUCAAUGCAAAACUAAAAGGCUCUAAUAUCAAACAAGCC